AUGGGGCAAGGCUGCGCACAGAGACUUAAGGACGGAAGCCCCAGCAUGCCGCUGCGUCGGACCAUGCGGGUGCUCUUCCUAGGCUUGGCCUUGACAGUACGGGGCACGGACGCGUCGUCCCUUAUCGACGACAGGGGGCUGCAGUUCGUGGACCAGGCGGCCUUCUGCGCCUACCACUGCAGUGCAUCGCACGUUGCGCAGGCCUAUCGCCACUUGAGCGAGACGUCCGAGUGUCUAGCGAGCAACUGUGGGCGAUUUCUAUCUGACAACACACAAUUCAGAACGCGACGGAGACUGCGUCCGGCCUUCUCGUUCACAGACAGCAGCGCCACCAACCAGUCGGCAGUGGUGGGCGACGUCCACGCAGCGAGCGAAGACGACAAGAACGUGACCAUCAUCAGCGUCGUGUCCUGCUCCAGCGUCACCGACGUGACGCUUUCGAUCGGAGACCCAGAGACCGACGCGUUCGCCAACUUUUACCAGGCGUUCAGCACUGCGUAUGACGCCAUGCUGUCCGGGGACAACGCGACGUACGAUGCGUGUCAGCUGCAGUUCCUACAGAAGGAGCUGCUGGCCAAUUACUCGGCCGAACUGGACGACGAACCGGACGAGAUGGAGAUCAAGCCGACGCUCGUCAAGCUGAACGCGACCAGCGACGAGCUCAAAUGUUUGGCCCAAAUUAAGAAACUUUGGCCCGCAACAAGCGAAAGCCACACGCCCUUCUUAACCAGAAGCGACCAGGACGAUGCGACUGCGACAGUGAUGCUGGUGCACGUGAGUGCAAGCGUGGGGGACGACAUCCUGGAGCUGGAAUGUGUGGAGAGCGUCACGGUGCUACCGGCUAUUUUGAAGCUCAUGCCGUUCGCCAAGAGCUCGUACGCUUUAUCCAGGAGCGCGGGUGAGAAGAAAGAAGGGCCAGCGCUGGAGAUUCGACUGGCCAAAGUCGUCAACACUGCGCAGACGCUGAAGAAACUGUCUGCGUAUGUGACCAAGGCGACGGGGAUUACGAACUUGAUUACGAUGCAGAGAUCGUCGGCGGAGACUGGGGGUGUGUUGCUACAGGCAGCAGUGGACGACUACGACACGUGGACACAAGCGCUGGCUAUUGUACUGGACGACGAGGCCGUCGAGUGGGUGGAUCUGCAACAGGUUGUCAAGACCGGCGCGCUUCAAGAGCUCAAGACGCCGGCGCUGGAGCAACGAUUACUACGCCAGAGCUUCAGCGAGGAGAUAACGAGUCGACGACUGGACGACUAUGUGCAGGACCUCGUGGGUGUGAAAAUUAUGCAGGAGCACAACAUCACAGGCAGCUCCAUUGUUGUGGGCAUCACAGACACGGGACUGUACGUCGACCACGACCAGUUCGACCAGGAUUCUCGGGAUAUGUACGACGACGAGGACUUGACGGCGCGUAAAGUGAUUUACUACCAGACGUUCGCGAACAAUGUGGACGAGGCGGAAGGCGUGACGUGCGGACACGGUACGCAUGUGUCUGGGAUUCUGGCUGGCAGCUCGUACAGUCGAAAGAAUAGCGACUUUGGGAUUGCGUCCAGUGCGCGGAUCGCGUUUAUGGAUAUCGGGAAACAGGAGUCGACGUGUGCGGGGACGAGUGGCUGUAAGGUGUCGCUGGAGACGCCCGGUGAGGUGGCGAACCUCAUGAAGGCGCAGGUGGCUACAGGCGCCAAGAUCUUCUCCUUCUCGUGGGGCACAGGCGCCAACGACUACAACACGCAGACGCAGCAGGUGGACGAGUACAUUUACGACAAUCCGGAGAUCCUGAUCAUUGUGGCGGCAGGAAACAGCGGCGAGAGUGGCGACUACACCAUCAGCAGUCCGUCGGGCGCCAAGAACGUCAUCUCGGUGGGUGCGAGUCUCAAUGCAGCCGCGUCGUUCUCGUCCACGCCCUGCCAGUCGGUUCUUAAGGAGGACACAGUCGCGUCCUUCUCUUCUAUCGGCCCGAUGCUGGACGGACGGCAGAAACCGGAUCUGGUGGCGCCCGGUAUGUCCAUCACCUCGUCGCAGUCGGAGAAACCAGGCUCUAGUAUAAAGUCGUCGGCAGUGUGCUCGCUACAGGGCACGUCUCAGGCCACGCCUGUGGUCGCCGGGAUGGCUGUGUUGAUCUACGAGUGGCUGCGUGACGGAUGGUGGAAGAACGGCGUGGCGGACCCCACGUACGGCAUGGACACGAUCCCGGCGUCUUUGAUCAAGGCGCUUCUGCUGCACAGUGGAGAAGCCAUGUCUCGACGGCUCAUUGAGCCCAGCACGGGCGUCACGUCUUGCGUGGCGUUGGAAGCCGCGGCCAAGACACUCACGUCGUACCCGGACUUCAACCAGGGCUACGGCAAACCCACGAUGCUCAACCUCGUGUCGUUCAUGGGCGGUACUAACGGGUCGUCUUCUUCGUCGACUAGUAGCAGUAACACCAUCUACUUCUUCCCCAACUCGUCCACUGGAUCCGAGCCCAGCGUGACGGAAGGCAGUGAGGUGACGUUCCACUUCAUGCUGACAGCCAGUGUGAAUCUCCGAGUGACGGUCGUGUGGACGGAUCCUCCUGGCUCUGUGGGCAGUAAGGCGACGUUGCAGAACGACCUGGAUCUGACGCUUAAAGUGGCCAACACGACCGCUGUCUUCUAUCCGCUGUCCGGGAACGGGUCGCGUGACUCGGUCAACAACGUAGAGAUGGUCGAAGUUUCCUACGACGACGUGCUGGACGCCGUGACAGAGGCUGGGAUGGUUGUGGACGACGGCUUCAUCUACGUGCAGGCAGUCGUGAGUGGCCACAGUGUCAAGGCGGGCGAGAACGCGACGACUAGCGGCCAGAAGUUUUCGAUCGUGGCGUCGUCCACUCCGUCGUCCACGUCCAUGACGUCGGCUGGUGACGGCGACUCAGCCUUCUGGCAGCCCUGGAUGACGAUCGGUGCUAUUGUUGUGUGUACACUCGCUCUACUCUUUGUGAUCGCGUUGGUGUGGCGUGUGCGUGUGAUGAUGAAGGCGGACAACCUCAAGGCGGAUCACGCAACGCCCUCGGCUGCUGCUGCACUCACGGGCGCGGCGGGUAGGAGGAAUCUCAAUCGUCGGGAACGCAACAAGAGAGCGAACGAGGAACGCACAAGCGUCCCCCAUAUUCACCCGAACUACCGCAACGUGGAGGCAGGAGGCAGUUUACGUCCUGCUCUGGAGGAGCCUUCGGCCAUGGGAAGUCGGCGUGCCUUUGAUCCGUCCGCUGCCGGCGUACACGAACCCAGUAAACGUGCGUUUGACCCGUCCACGGCUGCUGUACGUGAGCCCAGUCGCCGCGCCGGGGCCCCGUUAGAGCCUCCUCAGCCUACUUCAGCGCGAAAAACGAGCCGUCGUGCUGCGGCCGCCUUAGCGGAGCCUCACCCUCCGAGCAAGCGGCGUGACGGUAGCGACCGUGGACAGGACCGUAAGCAAAACGAUGGUAGUGACAGGGGGCGCGUACGUAGUGAGCGAAGACGGCAACGAGAGCGCAGUGAUCGCGCUGAUGGCAGCGAUCGAGGACGCGUACGCAGCGAGCGGAGACGGGAGCGGGAGCGCAGCGAUCGUAGUGAUCGUCCUGACAGUAAUCGUCCGGACAGUGAUCGAGGACGCGAACGCAGUGCCAGGAAGCACGAGCCAGCAAAAGCUUAUUCGUCGCGACGUAACGAGCCCCCUAUCAUUCUGUACGAGUGA